AUGUUUGAAUUCAACCUAUCGGAUGCCGUGACUAAAUACCCUGAGGAAAUUGAUUCAUACAAGGCAGAAGACAUCUCAGAUGAUCUAAAAACAAGAUUAAACGAGAUCACAAAUACUUUGGCAGUUAGACCAUCUGCAAUUAUGGAUGAGAUGAUCUGGGAUCCACUAGUGGAGAUGGUGCACUGUUACAAAACGUUGCCGGACGAAAUUCGAUUCCAAAUGGCGUAUCUUGUGUCUAACUCGCUCAGUUUGGAAAUCGACUCGGAAACAAGACCAGUUCUUCAAGGCGGCGAAACGGAGAUGUUUGAGCAGCAGAAACAGAUUCUUCAGCUAUACGGAUAUCUAGUGUUUGUGUUGCUUUACAACCUGGGAAAGGAGGAUGCAGAUACGAAAAACUCGAAGAUGAAACGACACGUCAUGAAGUCAAACGAUAUCAUAGAGAGUCUUCUUGGGACUGUGACACAAUUAUUUGCACUUAGGCUCUCCCUCUUGUUCCAGACCACGCCCGAGCGAAAUAUGUUUGUGGGGAACUUGCUUUUGAGUCCGAUAAAUGCUCUUUUGGAGAACACGCACCGGGCCAAAGUGAAUUCGAUCAAAAGGCACUGCUUUAAAACAGUUUGCUUAGCAGUGAAGUACCACGGACAGGCUUCACAUACACAGAAUGCCAUUUUACAGCAUCUUACGUACUUUCCACACUUGAGUAGUGUGAUGGCAGAGCUUCUAGAGGUGAUGGCAAACAAAUAUGACUAUCCGCAGUUGACAGAUGCCAUUUUGAAAGAGGUGAGUGCAAAAAAGUUCAACGAGAACGAUGUGACAGGUCCCAAAUCGGUCAGUACGUUUCUCACCAAGCUAUCUGAGAUUGCUCCUCGUGUUGCAAUGAGGCAGAUGUCGUUGGUUGCCGUUUUAUUGGAUAAUAACUCUUUCACACUUCGAUGUGCGGUGGUUGAAGUUGUUGGAAAUAUCAUCAGCACCAUUUCGAGCUCAUCCGAGGACUUUGAGCAGCAUAAGGAGAGUGCAAACAGCUACAUCGAUUUAUUGGAAGAGAGACUACUGGAUGCGAAUCCGUACGUGAGGUCAAGAGCCAUCCAAGGACUCACAAAAUUGACUGAGAUGAAGAUAAAGUUUGUGGAUCGAAGAUUGAAAUGGACGAGGCUGGCAGUGCGGCACUUGGAAGAUCGAUCUGGGUUGGUUCGGAGGAAUGCGAUCAAGUUUUUGUCGCAUUUGAUAAUGACGCAUCCAUAUUCUUCCAUCAACGAUGAGCGGUUAGAGUUCAAGUCUUGGAAUUCAAAGCUUGAGAUGCUAACGGGGAAGUUGAAGGAGCUGCAGCCGGAUAUAUUUGAGGAGGGGGAUGAAGAAAAUGAUAAAGAGGAGGUAAAUAAAGAAAAGGAUAAGGAGGGGGAGGUAAAUGAAGAAAAUGAUGAAGGACAGGAAGAUAAAGAAGAGGUGGAAGGAAAUGAACACCCUAAUGACAACCAGGAUAUGGACGAUCAGGUGGUAGAAGAUGCAGAAAUUAACAGAAAUACAGAGGAAAGUGUCCAGAAAGAAAAUCAAGCAGACCCCACAAUGGUCCACAAGCUUUUCCUCACUUGGCAAAUCUAUAAAGACUGCACUAUCUUUAUCAAGCAGAUCGAGAAGUCGGCAGAAUUGUGCUGCCAGCUGCUUCAUUCGAAGUCCAAACUCGAGGUCAUAGACGUGAUGACGUACUUUGUGCUUUUGGAUGCAUACGGGGUGGAGAAUUCGGACACUGGAAUCAAGCAGAUGCUUCAUUUGGUGUGGAUGAAGGGAAGCAAUGAGGAGGGAAACCAGGUUGUGGACAAGUUGAUCGAUUGCUACAAGACUUUGUAUCUCAACAGUCCGCCUACGGCUACCCCACUCCAGAAAUCGGCAAGUAUCGCAAAGAAUCUCGUCGAGUUGACUUACGACGCGUCGAUGGCCGAUCUCGCGUCGCUCGAAAAGCUUAUUGGAGAGCUUUACCAGACGCAUCUUGUGGGAAACAGCGUGGUGAAAGUGUUGUGGAGUCUUUUUAAGCAGGAGGGAGUACCCAAAGAGUGCAAAAGAGGCUCGAUAAUCGUCUUGGGGAUGCUUGCAGUGGUCAACAAUCGGAUCUCGCUUGAAGGAUUGGACCUAGUUCUCAGCAUAGGGCUUGAUCCGGAGGCCAAAGACUGGAUUUUGACGUCUUUUUCCUGUGUAGCACUCAGAAGAGCUGUUCCUAAGGAUGCAGGGGUGGGAUUUCGGAUGGCAAAAGAAGAUGAGGCGGUGGAAAAGCUCAAGGCAAUAUUGCUGAUGUACAGUGAAAAUGGUCAGUGGUUCGGGAUGGCGGAAGAGGCACUGAAUUCACUUUUUGCGGUUUCAUCCCGGCCGGAUGUUGUAUCAACAGAAAUCCUCAGGCAGAAAACGGAGGCUGUGUUCGGGACCAGGGAUCCGAAUGCGGAAAUAGGGGCUCUUUCGCAGCUUUUGUUCCUUGUGGGCCACAUCGGGUUGAAAAUCGUAAUAUACUUGGAGCAGUGCGAGGCGGAGUUCAAGAAAAAGCGGAUAAACGCAGAAACGAGGAAAAGCGAGCAGCAGAACGAGUUGGAUAUGAUCGGCGGGACGAACGAGGACGAUUUCUCGGAUGCGGUCCAGGCAAUCAAGGAGAAAGAGCUUCUAUAUGGCAAGACGAGUCUGCUUGCCGGGUAUGUGCCGAUGGUAAGACGAAUAGUGCAGGAUCAGAAAGAAUUUGCAGACCCGAGGUUGCAGAGGCAGGCGGUGCUUUGCUUGUGCAAGAUGAUGUGCAUUUCACCUCGUUUUUGCGAGGAUAACCUCCCGCUUUUGCUCGAAGUGAUGGAGAACUCGAAAGAUCCGGUUGUCCGGAGUAAUGCGGUUCUCGGGCUAGGUGACAUGGCGGUUUGCUUCAACAGCAUAAUCGACACAAACAAGAAUUAUCUCUAUGGCCGGCUCCAGGAUCCCGAUCUCAUGGUUCAAAGAACGUGUCUCAUGACUGUGACAUUCUUGAUUUUGGCCGGCCAGGUCAAGGUCAAGGGCCAGUUGGCACAGAUGGCCAAGUUGUACGUGAAUAAAGAUCCGGCAAUUGUUGACAUGUGCAAGCUUUUCUUCACCGAGUUGGCCACCAAGGAAAAUGCAAUUUACAACGGGUUCAUCGACAUGUUUAGUGGCUUGACUGCGGACAAAAAGCUUUCCGAGGCCGACUUCAACACCAUCAUCCGGUUUGUGGUGCCGUUUAUACAGAAAGAUAAGCACCGGCAGCAAUUGGCAAGCCGGCUGUACCAGCGGCUUCUCAAGGCAGAUGAUAGCGAUGUCUGGAAAAAGACUGCUUUCGUGAUCCGUGAGAUAAUUCCUCGUCAGGAUUCCACUGCUGCCUCCAGGAAGGAUAAGGAGAGUGCCAAAGCUAAGUUGUACAACACGAUUUUUGAUGAGAUCGAGAAGGGCUAUCAGCAACCAGAAGAGAAGGAGUAG